GAAGCAGGUUCCCGGGAAAGCUGGGCGCGCGGGCCUGGCGAUGAGUAAACUCCGGGCAGCAGCUCACAGCGGGCGGGGACUCCAGCAGGGUGCAGGGGAAGUGAGGAAAUCCCCAAGGAGGUGCAGGGAGAAUGUAUCAUCCCAUAAAGGCAUGUUUCCUCCAGUGUCUGCGUACCAUCUCUUCAGCCACCUGGCAGAAAUCGAGGCCUUUCGGAAGAAUUUGCUUGCCUGGUACGACAAAUGCAAGCGUGACCUUCCCUGGAGGAAAUUGGCUGCAAGCGAAUCCGAUACUAACAGAAGAGCAUAUGCAGUGUGGGUGUCGGAGAUCAUGCUCCAGCAGACGCAGGUGGCUACGGUGAUUGACUAUUACAACAGGUGGAUGCAGAAAUGGCCGACGCUGCAGGCACUCGCCAAAGCUUCCCUGGAGGACGUGAAUGAGCUGUGGGCAGGACUUGGCUACUACUCGCGAGGGAAGCGGCUGCAGGAAGCAGCACAGAAGGUGGUUUCCGAGCUGGCAGGUCAGAUGCCCGCGACGGCCGAGGAGCUGCAGAGGCUGCUGCCGGGAGUGGGGAGAUACACAGCAGGAGCCAUCGCCUCCAUCUCCUAUGGGCAGGCGACGGGAGUGGUGGACGGGAACGUGAUCCGAGUCCUGUGCCGGGUCCGAUGCAUCGGCGCCGAGUCCAGCAGCCCGGCUGUCACCGACAGACUCUGGGAUUUGGCCAAUGCUCUGGUUGAUCCAGCCCGGCCAGGAGACUUUAACCAAGCCAUGAUGGAGCUGGGAGCUACCGUGUGCACCCCCAGGGCCCCGCUGUGCAUCGAGUGUCCUGUGAAGCCCCACUGUAGGGCGCGUUGCCGGGUGGAGAAGGAACUGGAAUUCGCCUCCAAGAGGCUGCUGGGAAAAGCCGCCUCCAGUUGCUCCCAGGCGCCUGACAUCGAGGAGUGUGCCGCCGCCACUGCAGGCAGCUGCUCCUUGUGCCCCCCUGCCACGGAGCCCUGGGACAGCAGCCUGGGCGUGGCCAACUUCCCCAGGAGAGCCGCCAAGAAGCAACCCCGGGCAGAGCGGACGGCCACGUGUGUGCUGGAGAGGAGAGGCCCCCGGGGGGAGCCAGAGUACCUGAUCGUGCAGAGACCCAGCUCCGGCUUGCUGGCGGGGCUCUGGGAGUUUCCCAGCCUGGCCUUGGGGCCAGGGCUGAAGGAGAAGCAGCAGAGGGAGGCGCUGUUGGCUCAUGUUCAGGCCUGGGCAGGAGAAGCCGUGGCCAGAGGACGCCUGCGGCAUGUCGGAGAGGUUGGCCACGUCUUCUCCCACAUUCACCAGACGUACGUGGUCUAUUCGCUGCUCCUGGGCGGGGACCCCGAGGCGGCCUCGGGUGGGCGGGACGAGGAGCUGGAGCGGCCAGUGUUCCGGUGGGUGACGCAGGCAGAGUUCCAGAAAUCGGCCGUCUCCACUGCUAUGAAGAAGGUCUGGAAGGCGUGCGAGCGGCAGAGCUGCGAGGAGAGGGGGCCUGGCCAGGGCUGCAAGCGGAAACGGGGCGCCGAUCCCUCGCGCGCUGGCCAGCAGAAACGGGGCGCCGAUCCCUCGCGCGCCGGCCAGCGGAAGGUGGAAGCAGACGGCAGCCUUCCCCCGAGGCAGCUCUCCCUCGACGCCUUUCUCAAGGCCCCCGCUGGGGAAUGA